AUGGCUAAUCUCGAGCUUGCUGACCGGACUCAAUGGCUUUCCCUGCGCGAGGCCUGUGACUUUUUGCAGGUCAGCCAGGUGACCCUGCGCCAAUGGGCCGAUGCCGGCCAUAUGCGAGUUUACCGCACGCCGGGGGGCCAUCGACGCUUUUCUCGAGAAGACGUGUUGGCCCUGACCCAGCAGCCUGCCUCCAGCCAGGCCUCUGAAAGCCCUGACAAGCUGGAGGAUGCCGCACUGCGCCGGAUUCGCCGCGGCCUCAAUCAUGAGGAGGUGGCCCGCCAGUCCUGGUACCAGAGUGUUGAAGAAGAGGGUCGCGACCGGAUGCGGCUCUUCGGCCGCCGUCUGCUUUCCCUGCUGGUCCAGGGAUUGCCCCAGCGUCGUGCCUCAGGCCGCCGCCAGGAAAUCCUCUCCGAGGCCCUGAUGUUGGGCCACGAGUACGGAGCGGAGAUGUCGGAACGCGGUGUGCUGCUCAAGGAUACGGUGGAGGCAUUUAUCUUUUUCCGCACCCUGGUGCUGGACUCCACCAGUAACGGGACAUGGGGCCCGAUCCUGGAGUUGGCCGACCGGGUCCUGGUGGGGGUUGUUGAGUCGUACCAGAGGCGUAUGGAAGGCGUGACCUUUCCCCAUCGUCUGCCAGAAGGUAACGCCAUGAACAAUACCGUCAAUAAUAUGGGAGGCUGA